AUGGAUGGCGCUGCUAAACUUUGACCGCACCGCAGAGCACACAGCCAGUGAAAGACGUCGUCGUCGCCAUCAUUCGAUUCAUUCGAUUUUGAAAUCGCAGCUGUAGCUUGCGAAAAUAGAGGAAAAAACUAAUUUUCGCGUUAGAUACGAGUUCGGAACGUACUUCGGAUUGCGUGGUUCGUAGGUUUAUUCUUAAGAACGGAAGAUUCUAGUGCGUGUUCGUGGUGAAUUUCGAGUUUUUCGCCCUUGGGAAGUGAAAUCUCGAGGAGUGCGUAAGAAAGACCGCAGGAGACAAAGAUGGCUGCUCUGCCGCGAAGAAUAAUCAAGGAAACCCAACGUUUAAUGCAGGAACCCGUUCCGGGAAUUAGCGCCGUUCCAGACGAGCAGAAUGCCCGCUAUUUCCACGUGAUCGUGUUUGGCCCGGAGGAUUCGCCGUUCGAAGGGGGACUAUUCAAGCUGGAACUGUUCCUGCCAGAAGAUUAUCCGAUGUCAGCGCCGAAAGUUCGCUUCAUUACAAAAAUUUACCAUCCAAACAUCGAUCGGUUGGGUCGAAUCUGUUUAGACAUUCUAAAGGACAAGUGGAGUCCGGCGCUACAAAUCCGCACGGUACUGCUCUCGAUCCAAGCCUUGCUAAGUGCCCCAAAUCCGGACGAUCCUCUGGCCAACGAUGUGGCCGAACUUUGGAAGGUAAACGAGGCGGAGGCAAUCCGGAACGCCAAGGAAUGGACCCAGAGAUAUGCGAUUGUGGACAAUUAAGGAAAAACAUAAACCUAUCGUUAGACACGGACGGAACGAGCGCGACGUUUUAUUAAACUAAUUUUAUCAAAAGCAGAACCACAUCCACACACAAAAUAAUACACACCAGAUGAUAAAAACGAGCGGCGAUUCAGCAAAAUCCAGAACCCGAAAAAUAAAAACCCAACCCGGAAGUUCACCCCUAUCAAAAGAAAUUAGAAACACAACGCAAUAGCAGCAGCAGUGGCCGAUCGCAUCGAAAACUAUACUGCUUCGCUAAUGAGUCAAUAAUUGCAAGAAGGAAAAAAACAGCUAAAAAUCGAGACAACAAAGAAAAAUUACGACCGUGGCAGGCAGCGAGAACCCAUAUAGAGAGAGCAAAGAAAGGUAGAGGAAACGCAGUUUUGCAGCAAUAGUAGCAAACAGAAGCAGCGGUUCGCUUAUGAUUGAUUUUCUACUCAUCCGCUUCUUUUACAUUCGAGAACGUUCAGUAAUUCCACCCGGCCGCAACAGAAAUUGAAGAUAAAUUCCGCAUAUCCUCCCCACCGGCUUCGUGUUAAUAUAGGGGCCGAUUCAAUCUGCGCUCAUAUAAUAGUUCGAGUUGAAUUUCAUGUUCCAACGCCCGCUGCAUUAAUCUAUAAUCGUAAUAUUAAAUUAUUUCAUUAAAAAAGCAUAAAAAGCCGAAAAAAAUAGUAAAAUAAAAAAAAUCCUGCAGUAAACUACACAAAAUUUCACCCGCUCGUUUGAUUAUUAUUGUCGAAACUGAAUCUGAAUGUCCUUUCGAACUAAAAUAGAUAAAGAACAAUUUAGAAUAAACAAAGUACGGUAGAUCUUUAUACAUUCUCUGGGUACUACAUUUGUGUGUGUCUACAAGACAUUUUCUUUCUAGGCGACUAUUUCUAUUUAUGUUUCUCCUUAUAGUUAACCGCAAUGUUAGAAACACGCGUUGAGAGAAAAAUGAAAAAAGGAAUCGCGAAACGUCACAGAAGUAGAAGGAAACAAAACUACACUAAAGCUA